AUGCAUCCAUCUUACGUUUCUCUGGCCAUUAUGGCCGUCGGUGCCGCUGCUGCGCCCUCUUACCCCAAGCCUGAUGGCAAGAGUAAUCCGUUCAACACCUUCCCCUUCAUGUCGGGCUCCAGUAGCGCCGUUGAAGAUGAUGAUGGAAUGGAUAACCCCGUUCCCGCAUACAUGGAUGCCAUGCAGGUCGCGGAGUCCGCCCAGGCUGGCAAGUAUAACUCGGCACCGGCUCCUUCUCAGUCUUAUCAGCAACAGGCCGAUAAACCUGCUCCCACUUUCCAGCAAGCUCCUCAGCAAGAGGCAACUCCUACCUACCAGGCUCCCCAACAAGAGGCUGCACCCACCUUCCAGGCCCCUCAGGCAGACCCGGCGCCCACUUUCCAGGCUCCCCAGCAAGAGGCAGCCCCCAAGCAGGAGGCGGCUCCAACCUUCCAAGCUCCUCAAAAGAAGCCGGAGCCUACUUUCCAAGUCGUCUCUGAGCCUGCUCAGCCUCAGCCCACUCACAUCGUGAUUGUGAAGCCUGAUGUGGCGGCUGAGCCUCACAAGCAGCACAACGAGAUCCCGGCGCCUCCUAUGCAGAUGCCCUCUCCUACCUCGUCUGCUACUGCUGAUGAUGAUGAUGAUGAUGAUGAUAUGCCUAUGAUCUCUGAGGUUCCCAUGAUAUCUGAGAUCGAAAUGUUCUCCGCUGUGCCGGACAUGCCAGAGACAUACUCUUCUUCCUUCUCUACCGAGGCUGUUGUGACCAUUGCUCCCAUUCCUAAGGCUCAUCCGAGUUCUUCGUCCUCCAUGGUGCACACUGUGCUGCAGACUCCCAUGCCCAUGCCGCAGGCUAAGACAUCAUCAAGCCACUCCAUGAUGAUGCCAGUCCUGCCGUCUACCCACGCGGUCAUGAUGCAGUCCACUCCCACUCACCAGAUCAUUGUCACCAUGUCUACCAAGGCUCGUCCUACACACUCUGUCAUGAUUCACGAGCAGCACCUGUCUUCAAGCAAGGUCGACGCAACUCCCUCUAGCUCGGCUUCGGCCUCUGCCUCUGCCACUCCUUCCGCGAGUGACGCUGAUGAUGACGACACUCUGGGAGGUCUCACUGGCGUGUUGGGCAAAAUUCCUGUCCUGGGUGGUCUCCUUCAGAGUCUCGGCGGAUGA